CCAUUCUUCUUCCUCCUCUUCUUCUCCUUCUCUACCUGCUGCUCUUUUCAUCAUUCGCCCUGUUUUAUCCCUUCUUUCUCGAACAAAGAAAAAGAAAAAAAUCAAGCAAAAAUGUCGAUCGAUUCUGCCGUUUCUAUUGCGUGGGAUGUCUUGAAGUGGGUAGUUGUUCCCAUCAAGCGUCAAUUCGGAUAUGUGAUCUCCUCCAAGAGCUACGCCAACGGUCUUCAGGAGGAAGUCCAGAAGCUGGCAAACGAGUCUCAGAGGGUCCACAUUCUUGCGGAAGUGGCCAGAAACAAUCUUCGGAUUUUCAACAGUGGCUUCACGGAGUGGCAGGCAAGUGCUGAGAUGGCCUUGGAAGAGGCGAAAGACCUGUCGGGCAAAUUUGAAGGGACGAGCAAGAGUUGCUGCCGCGGGACUCUUCCCGACCCCGUUUGUCGCUAUCAGUUCAGCAGGAAGGCCAAGAAAAAGACGGAGGCCCUCCGGCAACUAACUGGAAAAUGCAGUAAAUUCAAGGAACUGAAUGACAUCUCCUUCAGCCUUCCUGCUCCGGGGAAUGUCACUGCUCCAACUCCGGGCAGGAGAGAGAGCAAAGAAGUCAUGCAGUCGACCACUGCGACGGCCUCUGCUUCUUCUGCCUCUACUGCUAUUAAGGACGAUGGUGUCUUCGAAUCCAGAGCUCAGAUCAUAAGGGACAUCAUGGACGCUCUUGCUGAUAACAACAACAGUGCGGUCGGGGUUUACGGGAUGGGCGGGGUUGGCAAGUCCACCGUUUUGGUGGAUGCUGAAAGGCAAAUAAGCGAAGAGAAGUCGUUUGAUUGGGUCGCUAAGGCCGACGUGUCGCAAAAUCCAGACAUCAAGACCAUUCAAGGAGAGAUUGCGGACGCCUUGGGCCUUAUUGACAUUAAGAACAAAGAGACUACCAGCGGGCGAGCGAAACUUCUGCACGAGAGGUUGAAAGACGAGGAGAGGAAGAACAAGAAGGUGCUCAUAAUACUGGAUAACCUGUGGAAGGGGUUGGACUUGAAAUCAGUCGGUAUUCCUUGCGGACAUGACAACAAGGUCAUAGGGUGCAAGUUGUUGUUGACGUCAAGAGAACGUGAUGUUUUGCGAACUGAAAUGGGCUGCGACAAGGACUUCCCCCUUGGUGAGCUGAAGAAGGAAGAGGCAAAAAGUUUGUUUGAGAGGCUGGUGGGAGACAAAGUUCAUGAUGACGGGUUCAAAUCCUUUGUGGAUGAAGCCCUCCACAAAUGUGCAGGUUUGCCUUUCCUAAUUGUCCAUAUGGCGAAAGUUUUUAAACGUGCUGAGUUAUCUGACUGUAAGAUUGCUUUGAAGCAAAUUAAGCUGUCUAAAAACGAAGGAAUCGGUGAGGUGAUAAAUGAGAGGUUGCAAUUGAGUUAUAACAACUUAAAAGACUCGGAGAAGUCAUUGUUAGCGCUCUGUGUUACUUAUGGCACCUCUAAGCCCUCUUUCGAAAACUUGGUGAGGUACGCUGUGGGUUGGGGGCUCUUUCAAGAAGAUGACAACAUGGAAGAAGCUAGAGAGAGUUUGAGAUCAGGGAUUCGUGCUCUUCAAGACUCCUCCCUUCUGUUAGAGGAUGAAAAUGUUUAUGGUUUCAAGAUACACGACUUGGUUCGUGAGUUUGUUGCCUCGGUCGCUUCAAGAGAUCAUCCUCUUCUCGUUUUGAAAGAGAAAGAUAAGUUGUUAACAGAAUGGUCGGAGGACAAGCUCAAAAGUUGUAGGGCAAUAUGCUUUCCCUACGUCGACAUGAAGGAGCUUCCUGAAGAGUUAGAUUGCCCUGAAAUGCGGAUCUUUUUGUUGUUCACAAACAAUGAACCUCUUAAGGUCUCGGAUUCUUAUUUCAACUCCAUGAGAAAACUCAUGGUCUUACAUCUUUCUCGGGUUCGUCUCGGUCGUUCACCUUCGCCGUUUCAGUCCUUGGAGAACUUACACACUCUCUGUCUAGAUGGUUGUUCGUUACAAGAUGUAGCCAUGAUUGGCGAGCUAAAAGGGCUGCAUAUUCUCAGCUUUGUCAACUCCAAUAUUCAACGAUUGCCAAAAGAAAUCGGACAAUUGGUACAGCUGAAGUUGCUAGACUUAGACAAUUGCUCACGACUUGAGAUAAUUGAACCGGGUGUGCUUGAAAGCUUGACGAAAUUGGAGGAGUUGUAUAUGAAGAAUAGCUUUGAUCGUUGGAAUGCCGUUGAGCAAACUCCGCCAACUAAUGCCAGGCUCAUUGAGUUGAACAAAUUGAAGAAUCUCUAUACUUUGCAUGUGUCCAUUGUGGAUCCAAGUGUGCUCCCGGAGGAUCUAAACGUUGAGAAACUAACCAAGUACCAAAUCCGGAUAGGUGAUGUGCCACACCAGCGAAUUCGCAUUGGAUCGAGCAUAUUGGAGCUUUCGUUGGAUCCAAUAAGCAAUAUUCUUCAGAAAGGAUGCAUACAAACUUUAUUAGGCAAAACUGAUGAUCUCUUUUUAGGCGGAUUAAAUGGAAUUGAGCAGACUAUUUGCGUGUUAUCCCAAAAAGGCUUUUCGAAAUUAAAGCACCUACAAGUCAAGAAUAGUUCCUCCGUCCAUUACGUCCUCCAAUCUCCAUCACAUACGGAGUUUAAGAUGUUGGAGUCGUUACUUCUCGAUAACCUCAUCAACUUGGAGAAGAUAUGCAACAACCAUAUCUCCUCCAAUUCCUUCGAUGCAUUAAAGGUAGUACGAGUUGAAAACUGCAACAAGAUGGAAGUUUUGUUUCCUCUUUCAUUGUUGAGAGAACUUCCACAGCUUGAAGAGAUGCGAGUUGUUGAGUGCCACUUAAUGCGGGAGAUUGUAGAAGUUGAUGAUUGUGGAAAACUUGAGUUGCCAAAUUUGCGGGUAUUGGAAUUGCGUGACUUGCCAAAUAUAAAAAAUUUUGUCUCCGACGGGACGGCUCCUUCAAGUAGUACAUCAAAUGACCAAGUUGGUCCUCAAAUUGCAUUCUUCAACGGGCAACAGGUUGCGUUUCCUAGCUUGGAGACAUUACGCAUCUGGUUUAUGGAUAGUAUUGAUAUAAUAUGGGACAAUCAAGUUGCUACGGAGUAUUUUAGCAAACUGAAGUCACUCAGUGUUUAUAGAUGCAACAAGCUAGUGAACAUUGCUCCUUCUUACAUUCUUGGACGGCUCAAGAGCUUGGAAAGUUUGGAGGUAGAAUCAUAUGCGAGAGCCUCACCUCUCUGUUUCCAACCUCAGUAGCUAGGGAUCUAAUGCAACUUGAGGAGUUGAAGAUCAAUGAAUGUGGUGGCAUUGUGGAACUCAUUGAGAAGGACGGACUAGAUCCCAGGGAUGUGUUCCCUAAGUUAGCCUCCCUCAAGCUUAAGCGUCUACCAGAGUUGAAGUGCAUCUACACAGGAACACAUGCUUUACGUUGGCCGGCAUUGAAGAUCUUGAAGGUGGAUGGCUGUAGCAAAGUGAACAUACUUGCUUCGCGACUUGAGAAUGAGAUGCCACUUCAUAAACAACCUCUCUUCUUGAUAGAAAAGGGCGCAUUCUCAAAUCUGCAAGAGUUAAAAUUGGAUUUAUAUGGACGGAUGGAGUUAUGGCAUGGGCAUUCUCAUGACAGAGAAUUCUUCGGCAAGGUUAGAGU